UCCCUCUCUCUCUCUCUCUCUCUCUCUCUCGCCAUCGAAUUCGAUCGUUCGCAUCCCCUUUUACACCCCUCAGAUGGAAUCAAAACCCUAAUUCCGAUCAAUCUCGCGAUAUCUCCGGCGAAUCCUAUCCGGUAGGCCGCAGCUCCGCCCCGUCGAGGCGGCGAUCGCCGGUUCUAGGGUUUCUGUCUGUGGGGGCGGAGGGAUUUGGGGUGGUGGAUGGAGUCGGAGGAGGACAUGCAUGAUGCGAACGAUUGGGAGUCGGUGGGUGAGGAUUUGUACAGCGAUUAUGGUGAGGAGGGGAGCGAGGUGUACGUGGAGGAAGGAGACGAUUUCUUCUGUAAUAGUAACUUCGAUGAUUCCAAGGACGUGAUGGUCGUGAGGGAGAAGCCAUUCACUGUUCUAAGUGAAGAUGAUAUACGCCAACGGCAAGAGGAAGAUAUAAGUAAGACAGUUGCAAUACUUUCUAUUUCGAAAGCUGAAGCAUUUAUCCUUCUUCGUCACUUCAAGUGGGAUGAAAAUAGGGUGAACGACGAAUGGUUUGCAAAUGAAGUUGCUGUUCGUAGAGCAAUUGGCUUGUUGGAAAAUCGAGUUGAAAUUCCCAAAUUAAUGGAAUUAAGUAUUGAUCAUCUCACUUGCGGAAUAUGCUUUGAAACAUAUCCUCCCAAUAUGAUGAGUGCUGCUGCUUGUGGCCACCGCUUUUGUGGUGCUUGUUGGCAAGGUUAUAUCGGUACAUCUAUCAGUAAUGGUCCGGGGUGCUUGACAUUGCGCUGCCCUGAUCCAUCUUGUUCGGCUGCCAUUUUACAAGAUAUGAUUAACUUCCUUGCCACAGAUGAGGAUAAAGAGAAGUAUGCACGAUUUUAUUUUCGAUCAUAUGUUGAAGAUGGUAGAAAGAUAAAAUGGUGCCCUGCCCCAGGCUGUGAUUUUGCUGUGGAAUAUUACAAAGGAAGUGCAAACUAUGAUGUUUCAUGUAGUUGUUCAUUCAGCUUUUGCUGGAAUUGUACAGAGGAAGCCCACCGACCAGUGGACUGUAGUACUGUAGCAAAAUGGAUAUUAAAGAAUAGUGCGGAAUCCGAGAAUAUGAAUUGGAUAUUGGCCAAUUCGAAGCCAUGUCCAAAGUGCAAGAGGCCAAUAGAGAAAAACCAGGGUUGCAUGCAUAUGACGUGCACUCCUCCCUGUAAAUUUGAGUUUUGCUGGUUAUGCCUUGGAGUAUGGUCAGAACAUGGGGAGAGAACUGGUGGUUUUUAUGCUUGUAAUCGUUAUGAAUCGGCAAAGAAGGAAGGGGUGUAUGAUGAGGCAGAAAGGCGGAGAGAAAUGGCGAAAAACUGCCUUGAGAGAUAUACACAUUAUUAUGAAAGAUGGGCAUCAAAUCAGACAUCAAGGCAGAAAGCAUUUGCAGAUCUGCAGAGCAUGAGAAAUGAAAAGAUUGCAAAGUUGAGAGAGAUCAUUAAAGAAGAGGAGUCCCAACUCAGUUUUGUUAUUGAUGCUUGGUCACAGAUUGUAGAGUGCAGGCGGGUGUUGAAAUGGACAUAUGCUUAUGGUUAUUACCUACCAGAUCAUGAACUUGCCAGGAAACAUUUUUUUGAGUAUCUUCAAGGCGAGGCUGAGUCCGGAUUGGAGCGGCUUCAUCAGUGUGCAGAGAAGGAACUCCAGGUUUUCUUUGAUGCAUUGCCCGAUUCUCCUCCUACUAAAGAGUUCUGUGCUUUUAAAACAAAGCUUGCUGGUUUAACAGCUGUGACAAGAACCUACUUUGAGAACCUCGUUCAAGCCUUAGAAAACGGCCUGGAGGAUGUGAGCUCGGCGAGCCAGGUAGCCGGGAGCUCUACCUCCAAGAGCCAAAGCACCAAAGGAAAAGCCGGGAAGAAUAAGGCAGCUAAAUUAGCCGUGCCCCAGAUCAGCCCAGAUGACUACUGGGCGUGCGACCGUUGCACCUUCAAUAACCACCCCUCCGCCAAACGAUGCGAGAUGUGCUCGCACCACCAAUAAGGCCCUAAGAAAGAGAAACUUCUCCCCCGUGUGGUGGUUUGGCGUCUACUCUUAUGCGAGAGGAAGAUGCUUUCACCGCGGAUCGAUUCGGACAACGAUGCAUUAAAGGUGUUGGCAUAUAGAAUGUGGAAUAAAAGAUAUAAGGUGUUUUACGUUGAUUUCUUUUAUACUCGUAGGGAGAAGAUGAACAGGACCCAUCAUUCUAUGUAUAUAUAUAACAUGUAUUUGGUGGAUCUGUGCCUCAUCUUGGUUUAUUAUUAUUGUCUUUAGAGUGAGAUGUGGGAAUGUAGAUGAAAUUGUUUAUAAAAGGACAGAGAGUGCAGUGCUAAAAUACUAUCAAUCUAUCAGUUCCAAGCUACAAAUCUCCUAUUCUUCUUUUU